CCCAAACCCCCCGGGCCGCGUUUAAAUCCCUCCAGCGCCGCGCUUGGCCCCCGGCCAGGCCUCCAUGCAGGGGAUAAAGAUCCCAAAGUUUUCCCAAAUUCCCAAAGUUCCCGCAGUUCCCGCAGCCGGCGGAGCCUCCCGAGCUGCAUGGCCGGGCCGGGCCGGGCCGGGCUUUAGACCGAGCUUAGCAAAGCCCGGCUCGGCGGGGCAGUCGCAGGCGCGGCCGGAAGGAGGAGAGGAGGAAAAGGGGUCCCGGUGGGGGAGGGGCAGCCAUGGCCCCCAACGGCUCCGUGGGAUUUCGGGAUUCCCCCCCGGAGCCGGGAAUUUUCCUGGACGAGGAUUUGGGAUCCGACUGGUACAUCUACGAAUCCACGGAGUCCGCGCCCCACGAUGACCUUUUUCCCGACGCCAUCCCGGAAUGCCGCCCCACGCUCUCCCCCCAGCUGUACCACGCCGUCAUGGCUCCCCUUUCCCUGGCCGUGAUCCUGGCCUUGUCCUUCCUGGUCAAGCGCCGCCGGCUCCACCUGAGCUGCUGGAACGGCGUCCCGGGAUUGCUCAGCCCCGGGAAUCUCCUGGAGCAGGACGGGCACCGCGCCGUGGCCGCCGCCGCCCUCGCGCUGCUCUGCUCCGAGCUCGGCCGCGUCCUGAGCGAGCCGCGCCCGCUGCCCCUGCUGCCACCCGCCGAGGGGACACGCACCGGGACACACGCGGGGACACCCGCGGGGACACCCGCCGCCCGCGAGUUCUGGAAGGUUCUGGCCCUGCUCUAUUUCCCGGCGCUGUACUCGCCCCUGCUGGCCUGUGCCACCCCCCGCCACCGCCUGGGCUACGCCGCGGGGACCCUGCUGGCCUGGGGACACUGCGGGGCGCAGGCCUGGCACCGCGCCCAGUGUCCCCUGCAGCCCCAGAUCCACCGUCUGUACUCGCUGCUGUCCCAUGUCCCCGCGCUGCUGUCCCUGUCCCUGCUCAGCCUCUGGUACCCAGCGCUGCUCCUGCGCAGCCUCCGCCAUGGGGACAGCCCCGAGCCGUGGAUUUCCGGGAAAAGCUAUUACAGGAAGUACCUCAAGGCCCUGCUGUCCAAGCGGGCCCGGAAGGGGAGCUCUGUCAAGAUCGAUGAGAGCCUCAGCUCCCGGAUCCGCUCCUACCUGCUCUCCUACGUCUACAUUCCCGAGGAAGGAUUCCGGAUCCCGCUGAAGCUGGUGGUGUCUGUCACCGUGGCCUUCGUCGCCGUCUACCAGGUGGCGGUGCUGCUGCUGGUGGCCGUGGUGCCCCCGCUGCGGAUUAUCCGUGCGGGAAUGACCAAGGACGUGGUGGUGCUGCUGGUGCAGUUCGGGCUGGUGCCCUCGCAGGGCGCGGCCGUGCCCGGGGACCUGGAGCAGGAGCUGCGCACGGCCCGGCACUUCCUCUGGGCUCUGGAAGAUCCUGAUCCCAAUCUGGAUCCUGAUCCCAAUCUGGAUCCUGAUCCCAAUCCCAAUCCGGAUCCCAAUCCCAAUCUUGAUCCCAAUCCGGAUCCCGGCCAGAGCCACACUCCAGAGGGGAUUCCAGCGGAUUUCCCAAGGAUUCCCCACCUGGAGGAUGGGAUGGGGUGGAUUCCAGAGGGAUUUGGGGAGGAUGGGAUGGGGCAAAUUCCAGAGGGAUUUUGGGAGGAUUCCUCGCCUGGUGGAUGGGAUUGGGCAAAUUCCAGAGGGUUUCUGGGAAGAUGGGAUGGGGUGGAUUCCUGGGGGAUUUUGGGAGUGGCUGGCGGGGACUGGGAGGAUUCCAGGGGGACUUGGGGAGAAUGGGACGGGACAGAUUCCAGAGGGAUUUCCAGGAGAUUCCCUGCCCAGAGGACGAGAUGGGGCAGAUUCCAGAAGGAUUUUGGGAGGACGGGAUGGGGCAGAUUCCAGGGGGAUUUCCAGAGGAUGGGAGGGGGUGGAUUCCACGGGGUGGAUUCCCAGGGGAUUCUGGGAGGAUUCACCACCUGGAGGAUGGGAUGAGCAGAUUCCAGAGGGAUUUCCAAAAGAUUCCCAGCCCAGAGGACAGGAUGAGGAGGAUUCCAGAGGGAUUCUGGGAGGACGGGAUGAGGAAGAAUCCAAGGGGAUUUUGGGAGUGGCUGGCAGGGAUGGGGCAGAUUCCAGGGGGAUUUCCAGAAGAUUCCCGCACCAGAGGAUGGGAUGGGGCAGAUUCCAGAGGAACCUUCGGAAGAUUCCCCACCUGGAGGAUGGGAUGGGGCGGAUUCCGGAGGGAUUAUGGGAGCAGCUGGCAGGGAUGGGGCUGUGCCAGGCUGGCACGUGCCAAGGCGGGAAGAGACUCCGGGAAAAGCCGUUGGGAAGAGCCAGAGGGAAGAGCCGGAGGGAAGAGCUGGCAGAUGCUGCGGGCUUGGAAAUGUGCUGGAAGUGAACAGAUGGGCCUGGAUCCCUGGAGAGUGGAAAUCCUUGGAUGGGGGAUGAGGGAAGAGCAGGGAAGAGGGAAUAGCAGGGAUGAGGGAAUUCCAGGGAUCAGGGAAUCUCAGGGAUCAGGGAAUUUCAGGGAUGAGGGAAUAGGGAUGAAGGCAGAGCAGGGAUGAGGGAAUUCUGGGGAUCGUGGAAUAACAGGGAUGAGGGAAUUCCAGGGAUAAAGGAAUUUCAGGGAUGAGGGAAUUUCAAUAAAAGAGUUUCAGGGAUCAGGGAAUUCCAGGUACCAGGGAAUACCAGGGGUGCUCCCCUCAUUUCUUGGGAUCCCCGCCAGCUCCAGGGAGGAUUUCUGGGACUUUUCCUGGAUCCCCAAACCUCUCUCAUCCCAUUUUUUCCCUCCUCCCACUUUCCCGCUGAUCCUUUUUCCCAAGACCCCCAUCCCAGCUCGCUCCAGGGAUUUUCCCAGAUUUCCCAUCCCCUUUCCCCUCCCUCUGUCCCCUCCAUCCCCCCCUUGGGAGCUGAGGGAGGGAGUGACAAAAGGAGGGAAACUGAGGCACGGUGCCAAUCCCUCAUUCCCGAGGCACAGUUCCCAGCCAAACCCUGCUCCCAGGGGUAUUCCCGACCCCGGAUCCAGGAAUUUUUUCCCUGU